AUUCUCCUCCCUCCCUCUCCCUGCAGCCGGUGUGUCCGCGGCGGCAGGAGGCGGAGGCAGCGGGAGGGGAGAGAGGAGGAGAACGGAGCCGGGCUGCCGGGGCCGCCCGGGAGAGCUGCUGCUGCCGCCGGUGCCGGUGCUGCCUUGGCGGCGGGAGGCCCCGCACUCCCGGCCGCCACAUCUGCAGGGCAAGCAGCCCGCCGCCGCUCCCGCCUGUCCUCCAGCAGUUUUCGCUCUGGGCUUAAGUGAGGAGGUGUAGGGGACAGGGGUUUGUUUCGAGGGGAUGCUGAGGAAGCCGUUCCCCUCCCGUAGCACAUUGCCUAGGCGUUCCUAUUAUGGAAGUUAAGUGAGAAACUCCGCAGCUUGAACUGAUUUGGUAGAGAAAGGGGUAGGGGGAGGGCAAGAGGAACGCAAAAUUAGCCAAACCAAACCAAACCAAUGAUUUUCCUGCAAAGUGCUGGGAAGUUUGUGGAGCACGUUCUAGGAAUCAGGUCCUUUCUCAGAGUCUUUCCUUGUCUUCCGAAGAAAGAGCUCGCUUUUGGAUUGCCAUGGAUCCUAAAGAGAGUCUUAGACACACUUGAGUAAUUCCUCUGCUGGGGCUGGAUUGGUGGGAAUUUAGGAAGGAGCGUGUGUGUGCAAAGCAGAAUCUGCCUCCGGAGCUCACUCGCUGCUCUAAUCUGUAUGGAUCUAAAAGUGUCACAUUCAAGACCUUUUCAUCUGCAGCUUUUGAUUUCAAGAUUUCCCUUUCCACUUUAAGUAGCUGCUAGGAAACUGAAAACUUUUGGACCUACCUCUUACUGGCUUUGGAUACUUUUUCUUUCCUUUUUUUUUUUUUUUUUUUUUUUUUUUCGUAUUUCUCUGGAAUUGGUCUCGCAAGCGAUCGGGAUUGCCUUUAAUAUGUCAAAAUGGGUCUGCUGACGCCACUCCUGCUCUUUGGAUUUGCAUUUUUCCAAGUCUAUGGAUCCCGUCUCCGCCAGGAGGAUUUUCCACCACGGAUUGUUGAGCAUCCUUCAGAUGUCAUAGUCUCUAAAGGAGAACCAACAACUUUGAACUGUAAAGCUGAAGGACGGCCAACUCCUACUAUUGAGUGGUACAAGGAUGGAGAGAGAGUGGAAACAGACAAGGAUGAUCCGCGCUCCCACCGCAUGCUGCUGCCCAGCGGAUCUUUAUUUUUCUUGCGUAUCGUGCACGGACGCAGGAGUAAACCUGAUGAAGGAAGUUAUGUUUGCGUAGCAAGGAACUAUCUUGGAGAAGCUGUGAGUCGCAACGCAUCCCUGGAAGUGGCAUUGCUACGGGAUGACUUCCGCCAAAACCCUACAGAUGUUGUGGUGGCAGCUGGAGAGCCUGCCAUAUUGGAGUGCCAGCCACCUCGUGGACACCCUGAGCCUACAAUCUACUGGAAGAAAGAUAAAGUCCGUAUUGAUGACAGGGAAGAGCGGAUCAGUAUACGUGGCGGAAAGCUGAUGAUCUCCAAUACAAGAAAAAGUGAUGCUGGCAUGUACACUUGUGUUGGCACAAACAUCGUGGGGGAGCGAGACAGCGAUCCAGCAGAGCUGACUGUCUUUGAACGGCCCACGUUUCUCAGGCGACCGAUUAACCAAGUGGUGCUGGAGGAGGAGGCUGUGGAUUUCCGGUGCCAGGUGCAGGGGGAUCCCACACCCACAGUCCGGUGGAAGAAAGAUGAUGCAGACUUACCAAGAGGAAGGUAUGACAUCAAAGAUGACUAUACUUUGCGCAUUAAGAAGGCCAUGAGCACAGAUGAAGGAACCUACACAUGCAUUGCCGAGAAUCGAGUUGGAAAAGUGGAAGCUUCUGCUACCCUCACUGUGCGAGCUCGCCCCGUUGCUCCCCCACAGUUUGUGGUGAGGCCACGAGACCAGAUUGUAGCCCAGGGUCGAACAGUGACUUUUCCUUGUGAAACUAAAGGAAAUCCCCAGCCAGCUGUUUUCUGGCAAAAAGAGGGAAGCCAGAAUCUACUCUUCCCAAACCAGCCUCUCCAACCCAACAGCAGGUAUUCAGUGUCACCAACUGGAGAUCUCACUAUUACCAACAUUCAGCGGUCUGAUGCAGGCUAUUACAUUUGUCAAGCACUGACAGUAGCUGGAAGCAUUUUAGCAAAGGCUCAGCUGGAGGUUACUGAUGUCUUGACAGAUAGGCCUCCACCCAUCAUCCUCCAGGGGCCGAUCAAUCAGACACUGUCAGUGGAUGGGACAGCUUUGCUGAAGUGCAAGGCAACCGGUGACCCUCUCCCUGUCAUCAGCUGGUUGAAAGAAGGAUUCACCUUCCUCGGCCGAGACCCUCGAACAUCCAUACAGGAUCAGGGGACACUUCAGAUUAAAUCUCUGCGGCUGUCUGAUACUGGGACUUACACUUGCGUUGCGACAAGUUCCAGUGGGGAGACGUCUUGGAGUGCUGUGCUGGAGGUGACAGAAUCCGGUGGAGCAACAGUCAGUAAAAAUUAUGAUAUAAAUGACCUCCCUGGGCCACCAUCCAAACCUCAGGUCACUGAUGUUACAAAGAACAGUGUCACCCUGUCCUGGCAGCCAGGGACUCCUGGAAGCCUACCAGCUAGUGCAUAUAUCAUUGAGGCUUUUAGUCAAUCUGUGAGCAAUAGUUGGCAAACGGUGGCUAACCAUGUGAAGACCACUCUCUACACUGUGAGAGGACUGCGACCCAAUACAAUCUACCUGUUUAUGGUGAGAGCUAUCAAUUCACAAGGCCUGAGUGACCCCAGCCCUAUGUCAGAUCCUGUCCGAACACAAGAUAUCAGCCCACCAGCACAAGGUGUGGAUCACAGGCAAGUGCAGAAAGAAUUGGGAGAUGUAAUUGUACGACUGCAUAAUCCUGUUGUGCUGACACCCACAACGGUUCAAGUUACCUGGACGGUUGACCGCCAAUCCCAGUUUAUUCAGGGCUACCGAGUGAUGUAUCGCCAAACAUCUGGCCUACCUUCUCCAGCUGUAUGGCAGAACUUGGAGGUCAAAGUCCCAACUGAGCGCAGUGCUGUCCUUGUCAGCUUGAAAAAGGGGGUCACUUAUGAAAUUAAGGUUCGCCCUUAUUUCAAUGAAUUCCAAGGAAUGGACAGUGAAUCAAAGUCUGCUCGUACCACAGAGGAAGCUCCGAGUGCCCCUCCUCAGUCUGUUACUGUCCUGACAGUUGGAAACCACAACAGCACAAGCAUCAGCAUCUCCUGGGAUCCUCCGCCUCCAGAUCACCAAAAUGGAGUCAUACAGGAGUAUAAGAUCUGGUGCCUAGGUAAUGAGACUCGAUUUCAUGUCAACAAAACAGUAGAUGCAGCCAUUCGGUCUGUAAUAAUAGGUGGCCUAUAUCCAGGUAUUCAGUACCGCGUGGAAGUUGCUGCAAGCACCAGUGCAGGUGUGGGAGUAAAAAGUGAGCCACAACCCAUAAUAAUUGGAGGUCGUAACGAAGUUGUCAUCACUGAAAAUAACAACAGCAUAACUGAACAAAUCACUGAUGUUGUCAAACAGCCUGCCUUUAUAGCUGGCAUCGGUGGUGCCUGUUGGGUAAUUCUGAUGGGUUUCAGCAUCUGGUUGUACUGGCGCAGAAAGAAGAGGAAGGGGCUCAGCAAUUAUGCUGUCACAUUCCAAAGAGGAGAUGGAGGACUAAUGAGCAAUGGAAGUCGACCAGGUCUGUUGAAUGCAAGUGACCCCAGUUAUCCUUGGCUUGCAGACUCUUGGCCUGCCACAAGUCUGCCGGUAAACAACAGCACUAGUGGACCCAAUGAUCUUGCCAAUUUUGGUCGUGGAGAUGUGCUGCCACCAGUGCCAGGGCAAGGAGAUAAAACCGCUACUAUGCUUUCUGAUGGAGCCAUUUACAGCAGCAUUGACUUCACCACGAAAACUAGUUACAACAGUUCCAGCCAAAUAACACAAGCUACACCAUAUGCCACCACCCAGAUACUGCAUUCCAACAGCAUCCAUGAGUUGGCUGUCGACUUACCUGAUCCUCAGUGGAAAAGCUCAAUUCAGCAAAAAAAUGACCUAAUGGGAUUCGGUUACUCUCUCCCAGACCAAGGCAAAGGCAACAAUGCCUUGCUUUACAUCCCUGACUACCGCGUGGCUGAGGGAUUGGCUAAUAGAUUACCACACAACCAGUCACAGGAUUUCAGCACCACCAGCUCCCACAACAGCUCUGAAAGGAGUGGCAGCCUCUCAGGUGGCAAAGGAGGGAAAAAGAAGAAAAACAAAAAUACUUCCAAGCCCCAGAAAAAUAAUGGUUCAAACUGGGCCAGUGUUCCCCUCCCACCCCCUCCCGUGCAGCCACUUCCAGGCACAGAACUGGAACACUAUGGGGUGGAUCAGCAAGAAGCAGGAUAUGACAGUGAUGGUUGGUGUCCACCUUUGCCAGUUCAGACCUACCUACAUCAGGGCAUGGAGGAUGAGCUUGAAGAAGAUGAUGAUCGUGUCCCCACACCUCCUGUGCGAGGGGUAGCUUCAUCACCUGCCAUCUCCUUUGGGCAACAGUCAACUGCAACCCUCACUCCUUCUCCACGAGAGGAGAUGCAGCCAAUGCUUCAAGCCCAUCUUGAUGAAUUAACUAGGGCUUACCAGUUUGAUAUAGCAAAGCAGACAUGGCACAUCCAAAGCAAUACACAACCUCCUCAGGCUCCAGUUCCGCCCCUAGGAUAUGUAUCUGGAAACCUUAUUUCAGAUUUGGAAACAGAUGUUCCAGAUGAUGAUGAUGAUGAGGAUGAUAUUGAAGAAGAAACUGUAGAAAUCAGUAGGCCGCUAAGAGGUUUAGAGCAUACUCCAGGCUCCAGUAUGGACAAUCUAGACAGCUCUGUGACAGGUUCAAUGGUAAAUGGAUGGGGUUCUGCGUCUGAUGAGGACCGUAACUUUUCUAGUCAUAGAUCUAGUGUAGGUAGCUCCUCAGAUGACUCGAUCUUUACCAGCGGCAGUUUUGCACAAGCACUGGUUGCAGCAGCAGAUAAAGCUGGUUUUAGGCUGGAUGGAACCAGUCUGACAAGAACAGGCAAAGGAUAUCCUUCCUCUCAGAGACCUCGACCAAGCAGUCCUUUUUCUACUGACAGCAACACCAGUGCAGCUGUCAAUCAGAGUCAGAGGCCAAGGCCCACUAAAAAACACAAGGGAGGACGGUUGGACCAACCUUCCUUGCCUCAUCGUAGGGAGGGAAUAACAGAUGAUCUUCCACCACCACCUGACCCGCCCCCUGGUCAGGGUUUAAGGCAGCAAAUAGUCCCCGGCCAGCGUGGAGGCUCAGCAGAGAGGAAAGGAAGCUCUCUUGAGAGGCAGCAUGCUCCGAACAUAGAUGAAACAAAGAGCUCCCUGGACCGGCAAGCUAGGACAUCAUUAGAGUGGCAGCGACAAACCCAGGAGUGGAUAAGCUCUACAGACCGCCAAGAGGAUUUCAGGAAAGCCCAACACAAACAAGCCUUUGGAUCAGAAGAGGCACUCGUACCAUAUAGUAAACCCAACUUCCCAUCCCCUGGCGGCCACAGCUCUUCAGGAACAGCUUCUUCUAAAGGAUCGACCGGACCUAGAAAAGGUGAAGUCUUGCGAGGAGGUCACCAACGCAAUGCCAGUGACCUUCUCGAUGUAGGCUAUGUGGGAUCAAACAGUCAAGGACAGUUUACUGGUGAAUUAUAGUAGUUGAGAAGACACAUUGCAAGCUGCUCUGAUGGACCAUCAGGUCUGAACUCAUGGAAGUGAUGACACUAAACAGUGCAAUGAACAUUUUCUUUAUUUAUGUACUAUUAAAAGAACUGUAAAUGCAAUGUAAAGACACACAGCCACACAUAUCCCACAGAUAUUUUACUUGUGUUCUUCUCUUUAAUACACCAUCCACCUUAAACUAUUCCUUGUCAGGAGUAUAUAAAAAAAGAAAGGAAAAAAAAAAAAUCACCCUCCAGGAUGAAAAGAAUUUCCUUCUGUAUAUAAUUUCUUUUGUUGCAUUGCUAUGCAAGCUCACCUUCUUUUUAGCUAUGUUCAUAUUCAUGUCUGUUUUUACUGGUCUGUUGUACUAUAUGUGAAUUAAUAGGCUGUGGUGCCAUAUAUUAACUUUUAAUUGUGUAACUUUUAUGUUUAAAGUUUGCACUGCAAUUUUAUUUGGUGAUAAGCACAAAACUCUACUCCUCAUGACAUGAAGAAGAAAAAAAGAUUGAAUGUGUGAAGAAGGUUUACGUAAUGUAAGCUACUUUGGAUAAUGCUGGAUGUAAAGCAGUAUGUUAGUUGGGUUUCCAUUGGGGUGUAGAAAUGAGAAAGUGACAGGCAAAACUGAUGUCAGUGGAGACAUCAGAGACAUUUAAAUCUUUUAAAAGCAAGCAACAUAGUUGCUCUUCGUAUUUAAGAAGGGGUCAGAAGUUGGAAGUGUGAGAUUAAAGAGUGAAUAUGAAAAUAAAAGGUAGCAUGAGAUGGCCUAGACCCUUUCACUAGAAUGAUGCCCUUAGUAUCUGUUUUCAGCCAUCCCAUGCCACCAAGUAAAAGUAAAGAAAAACAAACCUUGCUACAAACAAAAGAACUUAAGGUGUUUCACUAAAGCUGUUUUUAUAUUGCAGUUUUAAAGAAUUAUUACCAUUAAUUUCUCCAACCCAAAAUUUAGACAGAAAUUUCCCAGGAGAAACAAACAAUAUAAACACAAGGAAUACCUAGUAAGUAGUUAAGGAUGCAAUUUAUUAUUAAGACAUAUUCAAGCUGCUUCCAAAAAAAUUGAAGUGUCAGAGUAUCUUAUUUCAUCUUUCCAAUACAUGUACAGUACAAUAGAGGAUAGAGCUGCACCACUGAAAUUCAUGACAUUAAUUGUUUUAAUGCAGUCUAAACAAUCCUUUGUAUUCUAUUACCUGAAGUCUGCAAGAGCUGAAGCUGGAUCCACUAAAUUCACAGUAAAAUGUUUAGAGUUUAAAAGGAAAGGAACAGUCAGUUAUUUUUGGCUUGUAUUUAAAUACCUUCCUGGCAAUACAGUACAUCCAAAAAGUUAGGUAUAAGCAAAGAAAAUCUUUGACCUGUGUUUUAGUGAGUGGCUUCAAACCCUACUAUGAUGAGGAAAUAACGCAUGUUUAUACACUUUUUGAAUAAACCAGACUCUGUAAGUGGACAUUAAUGACAGCAUUCUGUCUCUUCAUUAAUUUUCAUGACUUUGUCCAAAUCUUCUGUACCUCUCAAAUCUCAAUGAGUCAAUUGUCAAGCUUUUCUUAGAAUAUUGUAUGUGGAUAAUCCACUCAUUUGAUGCUUAAUUUAAAUAUUGCAUCCUACAGCUUAUUUCUGUUAGUUAUCUGACCAUGAACACAAGUUUCCAUUUGAAUACCCUUUUCCUAUAACCAGUCUAUGUUGUUUUAUAUAUUGCCUUGGAGCUCACCAGUAUUAAGAACACUUUUAGUAAUGACAGAAUUUUAGAAAAGUAAAUUACAAUGCUAAAUAUGUGUUGCUUUUCAUUUCAUUAACUUGUUCCAUGAUAAGAUAAAACACUACAGCCAUCAACUAUAACUCAGCACUAUUGAAUAUUAACAAUACUAGUUAACUUCCUUAAGGCCAAGACUGUUAUUUAGCAGGUUAUAAACCAAAAAAAGUUGAGAAAAAAAAUGUAUGCAUUUAUAUAUGUGACCAAUGAAUAUAUGUAAUUUUCCUGCUUGUUAAAACAUUAUAAUGAAAACCAUUACGUAAGAGUGUGCAAAAAUGUUCUGGAAAGAUAAAGAAGACAUCGUAUUUACAUAUGUAUGUUUUUUUCUUUUGGUAUUAUCAUAUGAAGCAAAGAUUAUUCAGGGUACAAUUCAAAUUUAAUACUCUGGAAAACAUUUAACUCAGUCACUGAUAGAUUUUUUUUCUUGCUUUUAAUUCAAGAGCUUGUGCUGAGCUUUGGUGGAACACCUUACUCACUAUAUCCUAGUCAAAAUUCAGUAUCAUUAGACUUCGAUAAAGCCAUCCCGAUUACUUUCGAAUACGUGUUUUAUCUCUUCCACUGGAAAGUAAAUGUGUGUCAGUAUUAAAGCUGUGCAGUACCAUGAUAUUCACUAACUUGUCCAUCUGCUUCUGUACAUUUUUGUUCAUUAAUAAGUUGCUUACAAUAUUACAUAAGGUGGUGUUGUGUAUCGCAAACUGUCUCCAUUAUCUUACAGGUGAUGUCUCUUCUUUUUUUCUCUCUCUUUCUCUCUCUUUUCUAUACAGUGUACUUCCAAUGAACCACAGUACAUAUUUUUUAAAAUAUGCCAUUUAAUUUACUAUUUUAAAAGAAGUAUUCUUCUUUUUUUAAAAGAAUCAAAAACAUUUAUUGUGAAUAAUGUGUUUAAAGAAAAGGGAUGUUGUGGCAGCACUUAGAAUGGGUUUUUAACUUUUUUUUUUUAAAUACCUGUUUAUUGGCUACAGUUUGUUCACGAAAAAGUAUGACCUCUUAAUGUGUUUCAUUGGUAUUGUUAGUGCAGCGGAGUUUAAUUGGCAUAAAAAGUUGGUUAAUAGUACUGUUGAAGUGUGUAUUGUAUAUUUACUGGGGAAAAAAUAAAACAUAUUCACAUUUCAAAUCUA